GCCAAAAUUGCUCAACGGGAAGACAGGCGGGGGAAGAGACAGGCGUUGGCUCAGCCGGGGAGGGGCUAGACCUUCCUUUCACCACUCCGGUCCCCAACCAGCUCACCAGCAACAGCCAACUUUUCCACUCUGCCCAGCCAGUUGCCGACCACAGUUAUGUCGUCCAGGUACACCGCGGGCCCCACCGAAACCGAACGUUGCAUCGAAUCGCUGCUGGCGGUCUUCCAGCGCUAUGCUGGGAGGGAUUCGAACUCCAAGUCUCUCUCCAAGAAGGAAUUCCGAACCUUCAUGGACACAGAGCUGGGCUCCUUCACAAAGAACCAGAAAGAUCCGGCUGUCAUUGACCGUAUGAUGAAGAAGCUGGACAUGAACAGCGAUGGGCAGGUGGAUUUUUCCGAGUUCUUGAACCUCAUCGGAGGCCUGGCCCAGGCCUGCCAUGACCACGUGGCUUCCGCGCCUGGUGGCGAGGCCCCCAAGAGACCACUCGGUUUGCCCCCUGAGACCCCCGCCAAGAUGCCCUCCCAGCUGGAGCACGCCAUGGAGACGGUCAUGUUCACCUUCCACAAAUUUGCCGGCGACAAGAACUACCUAACCAAAGAGGAUCUGCGGCUGCUGAUGGAAAAAGAGGUCCCGGGGUACAUGGAGAAUCAGAAGGACCCCAUGGCCAUCGACCGGAUCAUGAAGAACCUGGAGGAAUGCCGAGAUGGCAAAAUCGGCUUCGAGGGCUUCCUGUCCCUCUUUGCCGGCUUGACCAACGGCUGCAACGAGUAUUAUGUCAAGAAAAUGAAGCCUUCAGGGAAGAAGUUCUGAACUGGGCAGACCCAGCUGGCUCUUCCCAAGCACUGACGGCGCGUUUUGGCCCAGGGAGAGCUUCAACGGUGCCCGCCUCGCCUGCCCGCUUCCCCAUCCAAAGCCAGCUCCUUCCGCUUCAAAGUGGCACACGUUGUCCCAGGCCUGACCACCCGAGCUGACCACGUCCAGGAGAAACUAACCCCGAAUCAAAAUGGUGAAAAACGCACACGGACCACCUUGUUUGCGCCCAAAAUUACGCUUCCGUUUGCCCUUACGCUGUGUCCUCGGCUGAGAAAUAAAUAUCUCUUUUUUUUUUUUUU